AUGAGCAUUGAAUACUCUGUUAUCGUUCCUGCCUACCAUGAAAAGCUAAACAUCAAACCCUUGACAACCAGACUGUUUGCCGGCAUGAGCCCUGAAAUGGCCAAGAAGACCGAGUUGAUCUUUGUCGACGACAACUCGCAGGACGGCUCCGUUGAGGAGGUCGACUCCCUAGCGCACAAAGGCUACAACGUCCGCAUCAUUGUCAGGACCAAUGAGCGCGGUCUAUCUUCUGCCGUUCUUAAGGGUUUCUACGAGGCCAAGGGCCAGUACCUGGUGUGCAUGGAUGCAGACCUACAACACCCUCCCGAGACCGUGCCCAAAUUGUUCGAGUCUUUGCACGAUCACGCCUUCACUCUGGGUACCAGAUACGCCCCAGGCGUCGGUAUCGACAAGGACUGGCCUAUGUACAGACGCGUCAUUUCUUCCACUGCUAGGAUGAUGGCCAGACCUUUGACCAUCGCCUCCGACCCCAUGAGUGGGUUUUUCGGCCUACAAAAGAAGUACCUCGAGAACUGCAACCCUAAGGACAUCAACUCGCAAGGUUUCAAGAUUGCCCUUGAGCUUCUAGCCAAGCUUCCUCUACCAAGGGACCCUAGAGUGGCAAUCGGCGAAGUGCCAUUCACCUUCGGUGUGAGAACAGAAGGUGAGUCCAAGCUGUCAGGUAAAGUCAUUAUCCAAUAUUUGCAACAACUCAAGGAGCUCUACGUCUUCAAGUUUGGCGCCAACAACCUUAUCCUCUUCAUUACUUUCUGGUCCAUUCUGUUCUUCUACGUUUGCUACCAACUAUACCAUUUGGUCUUUUAA